UGAGGACUCAGGCUAUCGACCUGAUUUCGAACUUCCACCUAAUCCAUCGAACACAAUGGCCACUCAAUCAACAAAGACUAGGAUCAGGAUGCGUGUGCAACCCCCUAGCCGGGUCCCGAAGGGCACCGCCCUGACGCCUGCCCCGGAAGUCACGGUCGAGUUCGCCAGCAACGAUCACAGAGUGCAGCAGGCUGGCGAGAUGUUCGUCGCUGUCAUUGUCUACAAUCUCAGCGACAAGACUCCAGUUGAGACGUUGACGGCGACUGGUCCACGAGUCAGGCGGAUAGGGGACAGCACCUAUGUGGACUUCACUUUUCCCACAAUCCGGAUCGACGACCCGGGCAUCUACGGCAUCCACGCCGGUGUGUUCUUGUUUGACAGCUCGGGCACAAAGGAGUUCGCAGGCCUUAAUAGCAACAAGUUUGAGGUCUAUUAAGUUGUGUUUUCGUAAGUCCCUCAGUCUCCAACCAAGCAAUGGGGACCGCGUUGAGAACCAAGCUCGGCUAACCUCCGACACUGAGGCCGAGCACUCACACGGCGACGGCGGAUGUUGGACGGUCGCUAGAUGACGAAUGGUCCGCCGCCAACACUGGGCAGAAUGUGCCUCGGUUCCCUUGGACUUUGAUAUCAGAUUCAUCUCGCGAAGACAGGACACUGUAUUUCGGACGUGUUGUGUUCUCGGUGCAUUUUCGUCAACGGGCUGGCGGAACGGAGGACAGAUGUACUGAGUUUUUUCUAGCAGCAGCAUGAUUACCUGCCUGGAUUUUGCUCCGACAGUCUCGAACCAAUCAUUCGCUAAACUUAAGUAUGAGUGCUUUCGCGGGACUGGCGAGUUGAUGUGAACGGCUGGGGUCAACAACAACAGCAAACCGUCCUACAACAUUAAUUGGGUGUCUGACUCAGGAAUGCUCACGUUGACCAGCCGAUUUACCGACA